ACGCGGUAGCGGGCGUGCAAUGGUCAAAACUCCGCUUUAAAUUGGCCAAAAUUCAAGGCCAUUGUUGAUUGUACCGUGCACAUGCGUAGGAGCUGGUUGGAUCUAGUGUAAUUCUUUAAGGCAGAGGUAAAAUGAGUGUUUUACCAGCAUCACCAGAGGAGUUGCUGAUUUCUAUCCGGAGCUUUGUGAAAGGAAGUCAUGCUCGGUCGGGCCACAAGUUGUCCAGUGAGGAGCAUGCUCGGUGCGCUCUGCACUUGCUGCGCACGCUGCCGGCUGCACGCACGGCCGUCCUAGAACACCUGUGUCACGUGUUUGACGAAAGCGUCAACUCCUAUCUGUUUGAGCUUGAGGGAGAAGCCAGCACUGGUCUUAAUUUGGAUGGAGUGAUACAGGAAAUCAAUGACGUCCUUUUGAACUUCAUCAACAGCAAUGCGGCAGCGUGGUCCCCCCUCAUAUCUGCAUGGUCCAUUGACCUCUUGGGACAAAUCAGCAGCACCUAUGCUGGCCGAAGAGGAGUCCCCCACCCCUCCAGCCUGAAUGAACUCCUCCAACUCUGGAUGACUUGUAAAGCUACAAGAACACUGAUGGAUGUGGCCUCGCAGUGCUUCGCAGCGAUGGUAGGGACCUGCCCGGACCUGUGUGUUGAUGCCUUACUGGACACGUCGGUGCAACACUCACCCCACUUUGACUGGGUGGUCGCUCAUAUUGGGUCGUGUUUCCCAAACACAAUCAUCACCCGCGUGCUGUGCUGUGGGCUCAAGGACUUCUGCAACAGCCAAUCGCAGGGCCUGGUGGCCCCAGACAAGAAGGUGCCCAAGAUGGCAUCGGUGGUAGGGAUUCUGGGCCACCUGGCGUCACAACAUUCCCAGGACAUCCGCAAGGCCUUGCUGGAAUUGUUCCAGGAGAGCUUGGAGAGUGACGAGGAGCAGCACCUGUUCACCGUCCCAUUCCUGCUGCAGUUGGCCACCAUGUCGCCCAUGUUACUCCGGGUCAUCACCACAGACUUUGUUCAAGCAUUGACGCCAGAUGUUCUGAAUCGGCUCUCGGAGCAGUUCCUCAAGUCUUCUCUUCUCCUGCAAGACAAGGACAGUCUGCUGACUCUGGUCAUUCACCUGAUCUGCUCCUCGGGGAGCGGCGCCUUCAAGCUGCUUCGAUUCCUGCUGGACAGGGCUUGCGAUGGGGGCCAGCAGUCGGGGGUCAACUUGCACGUUCAGAAGACCUGUGCACUGAUUCUGGAUCUCUUGGUGUUGGAUCUGCAGAGGUCUGUUUACAGCCAGUCGGACAAUCUUUCACUCGCUCAGCAGGCUGGGGCAUCCUCCGUGCCUGAGACGACCGAAAUCCCCUUCCUUACGGAACUACAGAAGCACACCAACACACUGUGCACCGACAUACUGACGGCGGGAGACCAGAGGUUACCAUGGCUACAGAGGCUGCUCGGUCUAAUUGGCGUGCACUGUGGUGAGAGUUGUGCAACGGACAUUCUAACUUGCAUUCUCAUCGAGCAGUCCGCAGUGUCCAAGGUGUGUCUAUUCACAUCCCUGCAAGCGGAGAUCGAGGCAGCCUUUCCCAACAUCCUGCCCCGGACACUGAACAAGACGAUGAACCAGUUACAGCGGCUUCAGGAGUCAGAGACCAACCAGCUUCUCGUCAACCUCACCGAGCUGCUGAAGUGGGAGACAGUCGGCAAGGGGCGGGACACGCCCAGGUCCAGCUUCCGAGCCGCCCUGUUACCCCACCUCCACCCGCUCUCCACCCAGCUGCACCAUGCCCGGCUGGCCGUGGCCACCCAGACCCUGGAGCUCCUGCACCUGAUUGGUCGGCCUGAUCCGGUCACCAUGGUGACGCUUGUGGGCGUCGCCCAGUCAACGGCUGAAUUUUUCUUCACGGCAAUGCACAUCAGUCGGGAUAAUUCCAAGAAGCAGAAAAUCUUGGAUCAGUGUCAGAGCUACCUCUCCUCUUGGUGCCAGCUCCCGAUGGGUCAGCAGCUCAUACUCAGGACAUUGCUGGAAGGCGUCACCAACAAGCAAAAUUGUUACUUGUUUGAUGGCCGGCCGCGCAUCGAGGGCGAGGGAGCCCCCUUACGCGACAAGCCGACCUCACUCCUCAGGGAGAACCAGAAGUUUGCCAAUGCCUCCUUCACGCUGCCGGCCAGCAGCUCAGCCGUCUUCCACGCUGGGACCAUUGGCCGCGGUCUGAAACCCAGAACAGAUCAGGCAGUGACCUCUAAGGAGGAGAUUUUGGCAAACUGCCAGUAUUUUCUGGACACUCUCCACCUCUGCUGUAGUGGCCGUGACCCCUCCCCGCCCUCCCCUGUCGUCAGCCUCCAGCCGGUGGACGAGAAGGCAGCUAAGACCCUGGCCACAUUGUUGGUGGAGCUAGCCUGCCCUGACGUGACUCACACGGGGGUGGCGUGGCCCGAAGAGGAACACAUGAAGUUGACAGUUGAAAGGGAUCUGUUUGUUCGGAGACGAUUUGAAGAGAAUCCACUCUUUUGGAACUUCCUUGAAAUGAUCAGUAGAGUGCCGACCGCCCUCUGCCAGUGUGCGGUGCUGCUAUACAGUCUACACGCCACCCUGAUUGCGUUCUGGGACACCAGUCGGGCGACGAAGGGGGAGAAUGCCCCAAGCCAGCUCCGAGCGACCUGCAGGCUGCUGGAAUGCAUGAAGCAGUCUGGGUGCCUGCCUCCCCCUCUGUGCUACUGUAGCCUUCUCAUACCCAGCCUGGCUCCCAGUGAAAUCAACCUUCUUUUGACCACCAUCUGGGCCUUUCUGAAGGAAAACCCGCCAAGUUUUAACACACCUUUGAGUAAGCCUGACCUAAGUGGAAAAUACAUCAGCUCUUUUCCCCCAGGUGUGACACUGAGGUAUGCCGAAGUCAUUCACGCCAUCGUCCACAAGAACAUCGGCCAGUUUGGAGACCUUUACUCCCAGCUCUUUCCCUCACUGGUGCCCGUCACUCCCCUGCAGGGGACCAGUGCUGUGCCUGUGGUAGCUGUCGGUUCCCCAUCGCAAGGCCAGUUACCGGUUCAAAGCAGCGGUGCCCCGUCAUGACCUAAACUGUACAUAAUUCUGCACCUCUCACUACAGUAACAAGAAAAACAUUGUUAGGGUACCUUUUUUGUCAGCCAAGCCUCAUGAAAAUAUUUCAAAGGUUAGCAAUUGCAUCCUUGUCAAAUUGUUGGUUAGCCCCCCCCACCUCUUCAUUGUUGAGCUGUUUGCAUCUUUGAAUUGUUUAAAUUCUGGCUGAGCAGCUUGCAAUGGUGCCGGUUUGUUUACACAUCAGUCCACCGACAAUCAUCUUCGGACAGGGCGUCCCAAAACCAAAUAUUGACCUUGUCAAUCAAGUUGGAAUUCCAGACCAGGUCAACAAUGAUCCCGAGGCCACUUGCGUGCAAAGACAUUCCGGUCCCGCUUUGAAACUUCAACCUUUAUUUUGUUUGACGGUAGUCAAGUUCGUGCAGACUUUGGACCGAAAUCUCCAACCAUUGUCAAAGGAGUGGCGCUUUUAUGUACAGUUUUUUACACUCGAAACAAUGCUUUUGUCAUAUGUGUAAAGUAAGCAUGAAUCAUAUUUCUGAACAAAUGCAUUUGAGUCAAUAAAAAAAACACAAAUGGAUCCAGCUGAAA